GCGAUUAUAGCGGGACUGCGGCGGGCAUUCUGACACUGGGGGGAACUGACUUGGUGUCACUGACAUCCCCAAUGGCAGUAAUACAGUGAUCAGUGCUAAUAAAAAGCACUGACACUGUACUAAUGACACUGGACAGGAAGGGGUUAACAUGUGAGGCAAUCAAAGGGUUAACUGUGUGCUGUGUGUGUGUUUUUACUGUACAUGCUGCUUUGUAUUGCUGUGCUGUGCAGAACAAUACAAAGCAGCAUGUUUGUGCUGACAGAGGAGAGAUCUGUGUUGUUUACAUAUAGACCUCUUCCCUGACAGCUAUGCUGACGAUCACCAAGUCUCGGCUGAGAAUCGAAGGACGGGACCCAGUGAUUGACGUGCCGAGGAGCCAAUAGCAGCACG